ACAUGCAACAUGCAACACGCACCCCAACAUGUUGAGUAAAAGAUAUGUUGUGCGCUUAGGGUUUAGGGAUUUGGGUUACUUUGCUCUACAGUGAGUGAGCCCUUCUCUCUCGAGUCCUUCGCUCUGAGAGGACAAUGCCAGCAAGAGCUCGUCCAUUCAGCUCAGCUCAUCCCCUUUCCUUCCAUCCUCGCGAGCCCUUUUCCCUCGAGUCCUUUCUGUCUCACUCCCUCAGCUCACCUCCCUGUCUGCGAGUCCUUUCCUUCCAGUAGCACAGUCGGCCGUUACUUGUUCACCCUCCCUGUCACCUGGGAGCUAUGGCUGAUGAAAUAGCGGCAGCGGUCCAACUUUGCCAACAGCUGGCACCCUCGGCAGUGGGGCCGGCUGUCGACUUUGCCAAGCGGGGUCGCAAGCUCCAGGUUGUGUUCAACAAUGAAACCGGCCAAGCGCUGACCGACAUGGAGGUUCUUUUCCGAAAUGGAGAGAUGUUUAGACAACUACAGGUAUAUAGGAGAGCCCCACCUUCAUUCAUCGUUCACCUUCAUAUGCUGGUUUUGCUUUUUCAGAAUGGAGAAACGCUCGUAGUAGACGCACGGAGCCAGCUAUACGCACCGAAGAUCAACGGCGUGAUCCGCAUCCGGUUUGCAGAGGAGCCGAGGAGGGCCGUGGUGAUUGCCGUCAACGUGAUGGACACUGGCCGGACACUGGCGGGCGCAGUAGGUGCAGUACCGCCGUUCCACAACUUCGACGUGAAGAUGUAUGAGGCCGCUCAACAUCCUCCCCUGACGACCAUCAUGACCCAGCCGUACACCAUCAGAGACACUCUGACGCUGUGGCGGCGGCCUGGUGGUGAUGGCAACAUGUCUCGGCGAGUUGGACCACUGCUGAACCGCGCCACCUGGAAAGCCGCCCUGAAGAAACACCGUCUCCUUCCGCUGAGGACGCCCUUCGACAUGAGUGGCCACUCUGAGCUGGGACUAGUAGGCUACAAAGCAACAUGCUGCAUGAUACCGCAAGACGUACAGUGCUUGCUGGAGGUCACACUGUAUCGGGAGGGAUAAAGCGGUGUAUCGGUGCAUGGAUGCAUCCUCUCUCUUUGCUUGUGUGCUUUUUUGUUUCUACCUGCCUUGCUCUGUAUGCCCCUCAUUUGCUGGCGACAAGGGAGUAAAACAUACAUACCUACUUCGUUGCCUGUCUUUUUGCUUGCUGAUCGACUGCUGAGGCCUAGGUACAAUCGACCGGCCUCUUGUACCUAGGUGUGAUUGGUCAAAUCGAUCGGUCUCUUGUACCUAGGUGUGAUUGACUUGAUAUUAGGUGCUAGUUUGUGUUGCUUCAUUGUACUUGUGUGUUGGUCCUAUGUCUUGUGCCUUCAAUUGUGUCUGCAUGUAGUUCCAUGCAUUCUCUCUGCAUGAGUCGCGUGUUCUCACGCAAACAAGAUCAAUAACUGGUGAGAAUAUGCAUUUUCGCUGAGCGCGUUGAAGUUCGUAUGGGUGCGCAUCAGACAUUGUGAGCUUGAGUGCUUGGAAGCAAACGGGCGACGUCACGCAGAUCGUCCU